AAUUUUUCAAUAUUUGUUUAGUGACUGCAUUGAACACAAUGAUGUCGAGUCCAGUAGUAUUGAUAUUAUUCAUUUUAUUUUUGUUCAAUAUUUCACAGUCGUGCGAUAUAACGAAAGAAUGUCCAAUAACUAAUAAUGUGACAUGGGCAACCAAUGGUACUAUUUGCCAUGUUUUUCGAAACACUUGUUUAUUAGACAAUGUUAACUGCCAUCAUCAAAAUAACAACGUAUCCAAACUAGAAGUUAUAACUAAGGAAAAAUGUCAGCUGUUGUGCAUAAGUAAAUGUCCUGAAGAAGACGAGCCUGUCUGUGGUUACUAUAGUGAUGAUGAUGAUGCUAAACGACAUACUUUUAAGAAUCAGUGCGAAAUAGAUGCAUAUGUUUGCAAGACUGGAGAACCUUUCUUUGUUUAUGGAGUUGGACCAUGUGAAACACCUGAUGCAAAAGAUGAAGAAGUUGGAGGAACAUAAUCUCCAAUUUAAUGAAACCCUUAACUAAAUCUUUGUUGAAGAAAUGCACAGUCACACCACUAAAUAUGUUUUAAAUUUAAUAUACUUAAUACAUAUGUAAAUAAAUAAAUUGAUUUGAAAAGUA